AUGCACGGGAGUUACACAACCCUACUGCAGCGUAUCCCGCUCAACUUCAUCUCGAACGGCGGCCGCUUGAUUGUCGUCUGCCCUCUGGCCCCCCUACGCGAAAAUGACCAAUUUCCUCCCCUCCAGCAUGCCGACGACGGCAACGAACUUGUAGGCUUCAUCGUCUUCUGGGUCUUAUUGGCCCUCUUUUUAUGGAUCUGGCCUGCGAAGUUCAAGUUGCCGUUUCUAGUUACGUCCGUCAACUGCGGCUGUAGCAUGCUCGCCAUGAUGGACUGGGCUUUGACUACGGCCAAGGGGGCCGGCCCGCUUCUGACACUGGCCAAACUCUGCCAGAAGGAUCGCCCUGGAACGUUUCUUGGCUCAUGA